AAGCGCGGAAUAUCCCAAUUCUGGCAGUAGGGGAGAGAGCGGAAACCAAGUAGUUUGAGAGUCCCUCUGUUUGACGCUAGUUUAAACUACGGAGAGUUCAUUCAAAAACACAAGUACGCGUCGGACGCUCGGCACGCAUCCUCUUCGCGCCAGCAGGACGUCAGGUGAAGCGUCAUCCGCUUGAAAGCAUAGGAACUUUUAUAAACAUACGAACAAGUGGGGAUUUUGGAAGAAGCGCGUUUAGGAACAAAUUAAGAGUUUUGGGGAGAAACAACAAAGAUAACUACAGGUAUGGCAGCGACUUUGCCAAGAACCCUUGGAGAGUUGCAGCUCUACCGCAUUCUUCAGAGGGCCAACCUGCUGUGUUAUUAUGACGCUUUCAUCCAGCAGGGCGGCGACGAUGUUCAGCAGCUCUGCGAGGCCGGCGAGGACGAGUUUCUUGAGAUCAUGGCACUCGUGGGCAUGGCCAGCAAGCCACUGCACGUCAGACGCCUACAGAAAGCUCUGCGUGACUGGGUCACAAACCCCGCCCUUUUCAAUCAACCCCUUACCUCCCUACCCGUCUGCAGUAUUCCUGUCUACAAGCUGCCCGAGGGGUCACCCACACUGUUGCCCGGUAAUGGAGCAAGGGGUGAAACCCAAAGCGUCAAAGUGCCCAAGUGUUUGGCGGUUGCUUGCGUAGACCCCAAUAAAGGAGAAGCAGGCAACGGAAGCUCUUCAGCAACAGUUUCACCCCUUCAGAGCGGCAGCGAACCACGGUUUUGGGCCAGUCACGGCACAGAGAGCGAGCACAGUCUGUCACCGGCGGAACUGGGCUCCCCGUCUUCUCCACGGGAUGGGCUAGAGGCGCUGGACACGGCAGCGGUUCAGUCCGUGGCGGAGUGUGUUGAAAGAAUCGCACAGACUUUGCCCAAGAGUGACCCGGGAGAGGUUAAAGAACUGUUGAAGGGGAAUAAGAAGUUAGCCAAAAUGAUCACCCACAUCUUUGAUAUGAGUGAGGAAGAUCCUCGUAGAGAAGAGGAAAUUCGCAAGUAUAGCGCCAUAUAUGGCAGAUUCGACUCGAAAAGAAAAGAUGGAAAGCAUUUGACUCUGCACGAGCUGACAGUGAAUGAGGCCGCAGCUCAGCUCUGUAUGAAAGAGGUGGCGUUGCUGACUCGCAGGGAUGAGCUUUUCGGACUGGCGCGUCAGGUCUCCCGAGAGGUCACCUAUAAAUACACCUACAGAACCAGCAAAUCUCGAUGCGGCGAACGAGACGAGCCCUCACCCAAAAGAAUCAAAACAGAAGAAGGAUGCUUUGACCUUCAAGAGGCCCUGCAGGCCAUUCACAUGCGCCAGGAGACUCUUAAGGAGCAGUUAGCCCACGCAAGAUCUAAGGGAGAGGAGACGGUUGGGCGGAACAUCCAGGUUCAGCUGGAGCGUCUGCUGGCUAAGCAGAUGGAGAUCCUGCAUGACGCCGCGGCACAGGACAGACUACAGGCUCUGGAGUGGAGGGUUCCACCAGGACCCUACAAACACAGCGGAGAGAGACAGAACAGUAAUGGCAUCUCCACCGACAAAAGUGCAGAACAUGGAGAGCGGCCGCUGAAUCUGAGGGUGACCGGUCAGAGGAAAAGUGCAAAUGAAGGAGAGACGCCUCUUGGAAAGCAGCUGGCCAAUGAGUUGAAGAGGCAUAACCAAGCUAAUACAGAGGGCAAGACAUCAGGGGCCACAGAAAACGGAGAUGCUUCGUCGCGAGCCCUCAACCUCUCCGAGAAGAAGGUCAUCAAAUCAGAACCCGAGGAUUCCAGAUAGUAGCCCUGAAUUCUUUCCUUUCGAACCUGUACACGUCUGUCAGUGAAUACUAACCAAGCACAACUACAGUAGAGCCUUAACAACCAAUGUUGCCUCAAAAUAGAGUUUAUUUUCGUUUCACACCUUUUUUGUUUUUGCCAAAGCACCUUUAGCCCUUAUUUGCAUUCUCCUGAGUAGAUUCACACUGUUUGUGCUGUCACUGACUCGUUUCAUUGGCUUUGUCGCUCACUAGCUCUCCAUACUUGUUUUUCUCCCCAUGUUCUUUCUCUCUGUGUAAAAUGCGCUAUUUGUACAUACAUAGAAAAUGUCUGUUUGAAAACAAUGUUAUUUAAAUACAGUAUGUGUUAUAUGUAUAUAUGAAUGCAUGUAAAAAUGGGAGUUUCUCCCAAACGGGAGGUACACUGUUGUCUUAUACGAUUUUCAGUACGCAGCUGUUAGUUGUCACCUAUUUAAGUGAGUCUUGAAUGGAGUUUCUCUUUAAGAACCUGUGAAAUCAUUCGGCGUCAUUUCUGUAAAAUAAAUGAUGCCCACUUGUUUGAAAAAUAGGGUUUAAGAUACGUCACAGCUGUGGUUUGCCACUUGCUAGUUGCAUGUGUUGUUUGAGCAAAGGAUUUAAAUUUAAAAAGCAUUUGUUUGGACAAACAUGUAGUGUAAAAUGAGUCAUCAAUAUUUCCAGAAAUUAAAAGACUGUAAAUUAUGAUUUCACAGGGUUUUCAAGGGACUUUAAGUAGUUGACUUUUCCUCCAUCAGAGUUUCUGAUAGCAAUGAUAUGAAUCUGAAUUUUAAGUCUAUUAUGGUGCUAUGGUUGAAAUGAUUUACGUGCAGAGGGAAUCUGUGGUACACAUUGCAAUUUAAACACUGAAAUCUUCGAACCAGACAAUUGGUUUCCUUGUUAUCUUGAGUGAAUCGUAAUGCUCGAUUUCUCCAGAUUAAGUUACUAAGCACAAAUUGUAUAUUUCAUCGUACUACCCACAAAAUGCUAUCACAGAAAAGCAUGCCUGUGAAAUUCUCCUCCUGGACAAAAAGUACUGUAAAUAGUUCAAACACAUUUGCGAAUGACUGGAUGUGAAAACAAGCGUCAUGACCGCACCAUUCCAGUCUUUAUGGUAAUCACAUAAUCAAUGUAUUGUAUUUCUGAAUAUAUAGUAGUAGAGCAAUACCGGGUAGCUGUUGUCACUUAACUCAGUGAAAGUGUCUAGUUGUCCCAGUCCGAAAGGACAUUCUCUGUACAGUAUUUCUCCUCCGUUUAUUAGUGUAAACAUAGUCUUAGAUUUGACUAAACGUGCAAAUGUAUGUGAAACUGAUAUGCACUAGUGUUAUUCUAAAGGCAUUUUUAGAAUUUGCAUCCUGUUGCUCAACAUUUCUCAUGUGUUUCAAUGGUGAUACAUGUUUAUUUUUUUGUAGGACUCGUGUACCUUAUAUCUGCCUAUCUUUGGUUUGGCCUUGAGUGAGUUACACUCUUUCUGUAGUUUCCGAGUACCACGUAAGGUGAAGUAGGCACAAGUUAAUCAGGUUUUCCGCAGUCGUUUGUUUGUAACGUACCGGUCAAGCUGUUAUCUAAUCUGUAUUUGUGUCGACGACAAAUACCUCUUUCUGUCGGUACACGAGACCGAUUUUAACAUCGUGAUCAUACGCUUCAGUAUUUUGAGGGAACACGUGGAGAUGUCGUGUGCGCUUUUAUUUUUUUAGAGAUGCUUUCAGAGACUAAAGAGAUCUUAAGUAUGCAAAACCAUUCUUGAUUUAAGUGCCAUUUUAGAUAUAUUUUUGACAAGUGUGGUGGGAGUCUGUUUCCGAAGAUUAUGAGACGUUGCGUUUUAAUGGUGGAUUAUCAAAAUUUAUCGAUUGUUUGAACAUUUAUCUGUAUUUUCAACUUUUUGCCUUAGUUCGAUGCAUUCAACAUUGAGGUAUUUUGUUAAAUGAGUGCUGUUUUUGCAGUGCUGGUACUUUAUUUUGAAUGAGUGAUUUUUGAAUGGUACGGACAGUGAGAUUUGGAAGUUGUAUGAACAUUAAGACUUGGCAAUAUAAAGCUCUAUAAAUAGACCGGAUCAAAAUUUGUUGUUGGCAAAACAUAAAAGUGCAAAGUUUGACAAUGAAAAAUGCUCAUCUGAUUGGACCUCACUGAUACACAGUUACUAAUGACCUAUAUAGCAAGACAUAUCUAGACGCCUACCUUUGUUCCUUGCUUGUUACUGUCUCAAACCACUUACAGAAAUGAUCUGUUUUCUCUCAUCUUUGUAAUUGCUUUGUAUAAUAGACUUAUGCAUUUUUGGACUGUGGGAUAAAGCUGUUGUCAGUAGAACUUGUUCUCAUCACCUUUGAGUAGAGGGUACAUUAGGAUAUCUAUACAGUAGUCCUGCACAUAUUGUUUUGUAAACACUAAUAUAUUUAAUUUGUUAUAAAGCACAUGAACAUUAAACUCUAUUUUUUUGA